CCUUUUUAUGAUCUUGUCAAUCCAGAAAUGUGAAAGGUACCAUAGGUGCUAGAUAAUUUGUUAACUAGGGAUUCAGGGAAUUAGCAUUUAGAAAUACAUUUUCAGAUAAAAAAUGGGAUUUGACUCAGGAAAAAGAAUGUGUCCGGAUGGAUUCUCAGAUUCUGAUUCAGACUCCGAUAUAUGUUUUAGUACGGACGGAGCAGAGAAACUAGUGAAGGGUCUUGAUAAGGAGUCUGAUCCUACUCCUCUAGCAGCGGCCAGCAAGAAAAUAGAUGAUGAUUUCGACAGUGAUAUUCGUCUGGUUCUAGACAGUGGUGAUCUGGAGCUGGUAUCCCAGCUGGUAAAUCAGGCUGGAGUUGAUAUAAACUUUUCUCUGAGUUCAGCCUUCAACUGGUCUCUAGCUCUAUACUCUGUUAGCAGAGCAGAUUAUAAACUUCUCAAAUGGAUUCUGGAGGCAGGAGGAAGGAUUCAGUCUGGAGGAUCGGAGAAAGUAUCCGGGUUCCUCGUCCUAGCCACUGUUGAUCCUAGUUCGGUUCCGGAAAAUAACAUUAUUAAGACUGCUGAACUUCUCAUCUCCAUAGAUGAGAAAGUUGACGCUGUACAGAAUCAACGGAAAACUCCAUUAAUCCUCUCAGCCAGCUAUGGACAUCUAGCAUUGGUACAGUUUCUGUGUCAGCAUGGAGCAAAUAUCGACCGGACGGAUACUCAGGGUUGGACUGCCCUUAUGUACGCAGUAGACGGAGGACACGGAGCAGUGGCUCGAACCUUGCUGGAGUUGGGAGCUGACCCGGAUAUUAUCAGUGAAGAUGGACUGAGAGCUGCAGAUCUUGCUGCUCAACACUCAAAGCCUGUUCUAGAGGAGAUUCUGGAGAAAUACAGCUCUAUGAAAGGGCUCAAGCUAGGAAGAGAGACCUUCUUGGAAAAUUUUGAGAAACCUCGCGAGAUUGACAGUAUACUUCUUGGCCUUGGAUUAGAAGAGUAUAAGGGGUCAUUUUACCAACACAAGAUAGGAAUUGCAGAGUUUUUAACCCUCAGUGAGACGGAUCUGAUAGAGCUUGGAAUUGACAGUAUAGGAGUGAGGAAGAGAAUCCUGGAGGGACAGGUGGAAACUCAUAAGAGGAUCUGGGAGAAACAAUCCUUACAUUCUGUCAGCUUCAUGGAUAAACUUGCAGGACUAAGGUUGACCUGCCCUGAAGCAGCUGGAGUGCUAGGAAACCUCUCCAUUCAUGCAACCUUCAUGAAGGCUAGUGUUGCAUAUGUAAGGUUACAGGCUAGAGAUCACACAAAUAGAUUUCUCAAGGCCGGAAGUGAUGUCGUGUCUCCAUCAGAACUUCUGAAAAUGUUGAACAAUUGCUCAGACCGAGUUCAAGGUUUACAAAGAGAGAUUAUACUCCUCACACGAGAGCUUGAAAACCAGGGAGCAGAAUGUUUUCCUCUUCCAGUAGAUUCUUUACAGAGAGAAUGCAAACCACGCUGGUUCUCACACCUCACUCUUCUCUCAGCAAUUUCAGUUGGAGUUCUUGUAUACAGAUUCUUCAGAGGAAAUCCUGUUGCUACAUAGACAAUCCUGAUUCUAUCUAGACAAUCCUGAUUCUACCUAGACAAUCCUGAUUCUUUCUAGACAAUCCUGCUUUUUUCUAAACUAUUUAGAUUUUCUGGAUAAUUUAGAUUCUUUCUAGA